GUGUGAGCAGCUGCCCCGGUCGGUAGCUCGGAGACCCGGAGCCGGGCGCGGAUUCACGGAGACCCCGAGACCCUCGGAGGAGGUGAGGGAGCCACGGCGGGCAAGAGCGGACCCAGGAGGCGGCUUGAGCUGAGCUGAGCGUGUCCGUCCGCAGGCGCCAUGUCGGAGCCACCCAGGGAUGCUCAGCAGAUCCCGCGGGCCAGCAGGGCCUGCCGCCGCCUCUUCGGCCCGGUGGACAGUGAGCAGCUGCGCCGAGACUGCGAUGCACUGAUGGCCAGCUGCGUGCAGGAGGCCCGAGAGCGAUGGAACUUCGACUUUGUCACUGAGACGCCGCUGGAGGGCGACUUCGCCUGGGAGCGCGUGCGGGGCCUCGGCCUGCCCAAGAUCUACCUGUCCCCCAGGCCCCGGGGCGGCCGGGACGACCUGGGAGGGGGCAAGCGGCCCAGCACCUCGCCUGCCCUGCUGCAGGGGACAGCUGAGGAGGACCACGUGGACCUGUCGCUGUCCUGCACCCUCCUGCCUCACUCCCCUGAGCAGCCAGAGGGGUCCCCAGGGGGGCCUGGCACCUCUCAGGGCCGAAAACGGCGGCAGACCAGCAUGACAGAUUUCUACCACUCCAAACGCCGGCUGGUCUUCUCCAAGAGGAAGCCCUAACCUGCCUUCCUGGAAACGAGGGGCUGCCGCAGGCCCCUCCCACAUCUGUUGCAUCAGUCCUUCAGUUUGUGCGUCUUAAUUAUUAUUUGUGUUUUAAUUUAAACUCCUCCUCAUGUACAUACCCUGCUUGCCACCUGCCCCCAGCCUCUGGCAUUAUAACUAUUUAAAAAAAAAAACAUUAGCAGAAUAAUAGGCUUAUUAGAGGGCUAGGUAUUUUUAUUAUGCGAACUAUUAUUUAAAACCCUCUCAUCCUCUGCUCUCCGUUUUGUCUCUCCCGGAGGUGAGGUGGGGCUGGUGUGACCCUCACCGAUGGGGGGUACUCUCCGGAGGGGCCUCCCUCUGCUCACUGUCUCAUGGGCCUUACAAAAUCCCGCCCCUUUCCUGCAUUCUUAGAUCUGAAUUCCUUACAAUUUGAGAAGUAAACAGAUAGCACUUUGAAGGGGGCCCAGCAGAGUGGGGGCAUCAUCUAAACUUUGGAGGCCCCUCGCCUCCUCUGAGGUUGGGCAGAGUUACCUCGAGGUGGGCACAGCCUAGGGCAGGGCUGGGGACUUGGCACCCUCCUGGCCCUUGAUUCCCCCACUCUGUCCUGUGACACCUGGGGAAGGUAGGGUCCCGUAGCAAACCGCCCCGCCUCCCCUCCCGCCCCCCUGCUUCCCACAGGGUCCCAGCCUCAGUGUUUGGCCUCCACUCUGUCGGCCUUCCCUGCACUUUUCAAGGAGCCCAGAUGCUACAGCCACAGCUGGGCUCUCCCCUCCCCCAGUCCUCCUCUCCCCUCCCCGAUGUCCUUCUGUCUAGUACCCUCUCAGCCCUGGGUGGCAGCUCUGGGGCACCUGUCCCUCCCAACUCAGUGGACUGGAAGGGGAAGGGCCAUGCUCGAAGUAGGGGUCUCCAGUUCUACCUCAGGCAGCUCAAGCAGUGACUGCCGCCUCCUCCUGGCUCUCGGGGUGGGGGACCUGGGUGGUCUGACAGGCCUCCUUGAGAGGGGAGCUCUCUGUCUUCGGGGUUUGUGUAGGGUGAGCGGAUUUUUCUAGGAGGGAGAGAGUGACAUCAGCCCCUGGAACUCAUCCAAGGCCCUUCCCAUCUGCGUCACCCUCCCCCAUGUUGUCGCACUUUGAAAAGCAGCUGAAUGAGGAGUCAGGUGUUUUAAGAUGGUGGGAGUAGAGGCUGUGGAUAGGGCACACUAAUGGUCUGGUCUGGGCCUGGGAGUUGUUAAGUUGUUGUCUUUCCUGGCACUGAACAUUGAGCCCCUGACUCCGAACUCCUUUCAGCUCCUGUCACAUCCUGGCCUGGACUGUUUUCUCCCGGCUCCUAUGUGUCCUGGUUCUCCUGUCUCCACCUAGACUGUAAGCCUCUCGAGGGCAGGGACCACGUCCUGUACUGCUCUGUGUCCUUCACAGCCCCUCCCACAGUGCUGCUAUACAGCAGGUGCUCAAUAAAUCCUAAUGACUUUA